AUGCAUAUUGUCAAUAUUAUUUUUAUUGGUAUUUUUACUGUCGCCUCGAAUUAUUGUCUUGGCACUCCACUUGAUGAUUAUGUCAAUACUCCUGAUCCAGUGUUCAGUUGGACGCGUCUUCACACUAAUUCAUUAUCUACCCAUACGUUCUAUAUAUUAAAUAUGACAUCCCAAAGGUGGUUUGAUGAUUCGUUUUCUUCACAAGCAAUUUGGUGGCACUAUUUGACUAUUACGGUCCCAAAAGCUAUUCGUCGUCCUAAAACAGCAUUCUUACUAAUUGCUCAUGGAGAAAAUACUAAUCCUGAUCCAUUGAAGAAGUCUCGAAGAGAGGACGAUCUUAUAGCUUGGACAUGGAAAAAGUUUCUUGAAACCAACGGUAGUGAUCCAACAGUGCUCCUUCGUUUUCCAAUGACUAAGGCAGUAGUACGAGCAAUGGAUACUGUUCAACAAUUCAUACAACAGCAAAAUUUGGUUGCACCAGAAGAAUUUGUUAUCGGCGGAUUUUCAAAACGUGGAUGGACUACAUGGACGACUGCGGCUGUCGAUAACAAACGAGUAGUGGCUGCAAUACCUAUGGUUAUGGAUCUAGUGAACUUAAUGCGUAAUAUGAUGUCACAUUAUCGCAAUCUUGGCGGAUGGACAUUUGCAUUUAAAGACUAUUAUGAUCUGAAUAUUACUCGUUAUACGACUAGUCCUGCUUUAGCUAAAUUGGCAUCAAUGGUUGAUCCAUAUGCGUAUUUUGAUCGAUAUAGCAAAAUGAAAAUUUUGCAAAUUCAAGGUGCUGGUGAUGAAUUCUUUUUACCGGAUAGCGAAGUGAAAUUUGAAUUCAUCGUCCAUCAUUUAGAUAAUACUUAG